AAAUAAUUCAGCCAGAAAUACGGCGGACGUAUAUCACAAGAGAAUCUUAACUAAGAUUACGUAUUAUGUGAGAUAAUUAAGAAAUAAACUGCUUAUCAAGUGAAACUUGUGAAGAUUGUAUCUAAACUUCAUAUUAAAGCAACUGAGCAAACUUGUCGCAGUUUAUUCAGGGAUGUGUUGAAACGCACGCUACUUUCAUUCGCCAAUUCUACACAAUAUGGAUGAAAAUUUGAGCAGAGGAUACGUUCAGCUGGGCAAAGCUCGCGGUAUGAACGAAUUCAAGUUCACAAAUGGUUUCGCUCAUUUGUCACCUCCGGUCGACAAGUGCAACUUUGUGUAUCUUGCCCUGGUAUUGGCAGGUGCGGGAUUCUUAUUGCCGUACAACAGCUUUGUGAUCGCUGUCGAUUAUUUUCAAGCGCGAUAUCCUGGAACUACAAUCAUUUUUGACAUGUCAUUGGUUUAUAUAACGAUGGCCUUUUUCGCGGUGUUUGCAAACAACGUAUUGGUUGAAACUUUGUCUCUGAACACCAGGAUAACCUUUGGGUACCUAGUGUCCUUUGUGACAUUGAACUUUGUCGUUAUUUGUGAAAUCUGGUGGGAACUAUUCGGCGUUAAAGCAUCAUACACUAUCAACUUGGUUGCCGUCGCUGUCGUGUCUUUGGGUUGUACAGUUCAACAGUCGAGUUUCUACGGUUAUACUUCAAUGCUCCCAAGUCGGUAUACUCAAGCCGUCAUGGCUGGAGAAAGCGCUGCUGGUUUCUGGGUGUCAACUAACCGUAUAAUAACGAAAUCCUUGGUCAACGACGAACGUGGUAACACAUCAAUGUUCUUUGUCUUAUCCAUCCUGACAAUAGUGAUGUGCUUUGUGCUACAUCAGGUUGUGCGGCAGACGGAUUUCGUCCAGUUUUAUAUCACACUGUGCCAAGAAAGGUACAGAAUAACCUUAGAACCCGCGGAGGACGUUGGUUUGAUGGAUCCUUUGGACCACGUCGGAGAUCCAUCGAAAGGUCAGUAUGGCGUUCUGAAACUCCAAACCAGCCCCCUGGCUACCGACUCUGCUGCCGCCGAAAAUGUCGAUGCUGCGAGUAACGGACAGUAUUCAGCCUUUUCAUUCAGCAACCCGGUCUACGAGCCCGGUGCACCAUCUGGAAAUCCUUCCAACAGUGCUGGUCCAACCUACAAGGUUGAAGAUAUCGUCGUUCGUGCUCGCGGAACCUGCGGAACCCGAAACAACAGGCCAUGGUCUGGAAUUAAGAGAGGUCUAUUGGCACGACUAGAAGUUGCAAAAUUAAUCUUUCCAUACAUGACAAGCAUAGGAGUUGCUUACUUUGUCACGCUCUGCCUCUACCCAGGAAUAGUUUCAGAAAUUAUAUCCUGCAAGUUUGAAUCGUGGAUGCCGGUGAUUUUGAUGGCCGCUUUUAAUGCAGCAGAUCUUCUGGGCAAGGUCUUAGCCUCGAUCCCAUACGAGUGGACUCGUACACAGCUACUAUACUUUUCUGGAGCACGUGCGAUUCUCAUUCCCCUGUUCCUGUUGUGCGCUAUUCCAAGACGAGCGCCGAUUUUGUCGGGCGAAGGCUAUCCGUUAUUGUUCUCGCUACUCCUAGGCUUGACCAACGGAAUUGUUGGAAGUGUACCCAUGAUUCAAGCACCCAGCAAGGUACCCGAGGAACACAGAGAAUUGACGGGCAACAUCAUGACACUCUCUUACACGACGGGACUGACCGUUGGAUCUCUACUGGCGUACAUGCUUGAUGCUUGCCUGGGACCCCCGCUCCAAACGAAAGACAUAUGUCCAAAAGUCCGGAAGAUCAUAUCAGCUACAGUCAACUCUACAUCAUCAAUCCUCAUGCAAACAACUACAAUGGCGACAAUCACUACUGGCCUUCCAAUGGUAGAUAGACUGACGAGAAUUCCUGCAUUGAAAACUAUCACGACCGCAGUCACCGCUGCCAUAGCAACCACGGUAUUUUCCAACGACACAACAACGUUUUCCAACACCAGUACACUCAACGCUAUGACAACUGCACUACCAAAAUUUUUGGCUAAUGCAACCGCGGCGAGCAACGCAAUUUUACCACAUUAAAGUAACCUGCGGCAGCUAACAUACAUAUAUUGCCUCAUUUGACUCUCCGUUUUCAUACUAGAUUUCCACGACCCAGAAAUUUUUGAAUUAAUAGUAUAUUAUGUAACAAGAGAAUAAUUUCCUUUGAUUCCUAUUUUGCAUAUAGGACGUUAUUUCCGACUCAACUCUGGUCACAUUAUUAACUUGAAAAGAAAGGAAGAGAAAAUUCAAACCACGUUUACAAGUAAUGCAUGGAUGUACGACGGCGGGAGUGAAGGUGUGGGAGCAGGGUGGGGGGGGGGGGGGGGGGGCGGGCUCCACCUCCUAAAAAAUAUAUGUUCUAAAUAUAAAAUAAAAUUUUAGAAAAUCUUAGAAAUACGCUGAAAAUAAUUGUGCGGCAUUUAGUGUAUAUUAGUAGCAUCAACAAUUGACAUGAUAAUCAAUGAUAAUACGGAAAGAUGUAGUUCGAAAUGGAAAAGAGAGAGAGAAAACCACAAAAAUUGAGCAAGUCUUACAGUAGUCGCUAAUGAUGUACAACAUCUAACCUGCGUCGUGCUGAUCAAGUUAAGGUUAGCAGAACUAACAGUUGAUAGCCGUGUCUUCUUUCUCUUUAUUCGUCUCUUUCUCUCUCUCUCUCUACCUCUCUUUACUAUUUUUUUUUUUUACUAUUUACCAUUUACUAUCUUUAUAUUUAUACGAAACUUCUGAUAUUUUACUCUAGUACCUAUCUUAUCCUAUUUUUAUUUUUAGGACACCUAUCCAUUGUAUUGUAUGGAGAUUGCAUGUGAGGUAGUUUUGUUUGCAAUAUUAUUUAUAUUUGAUAUGCUUCUCGAUAUGUAUAUGUGGGAACGAGAGUGAGCCGGCUUUUUUUGUUUAUAUUAUUAAUUUCUUAUUAUUUUCAUAUUUAUUUCUGAGAUACCUGCUUGCAUUCACCGUGUUUACUUUACUGUCUUACUAUUUCACUCUUAUAACUUUUAUCCUAUUUUUAUCUUUCAGACACCUGUCCACUGUUUAAUAUGAAGAGUAUGCGUAAGACAGUUCUGUAACAUUAUUAUUUUACAUUUUGGUGUGCGUCUCUAAACCUAUGUGUGGGAAAUGAGAAUGAGCUGGCUUUGCUCUAUGUUGUUUUAUACUAUUAUUUUUAUAUUUAUUUUGAGUUAUCUGAGUGCUGUAACUCCAUGUGUUUAUCUUAGUAUCUUAUUGUAUUGUUUUACACUAAUUUAAUUUUUUUUUUCUUUAUGUUUCCUCUGUAUUUCUUAUGUUUCAUUUUUCGGUUCUGCUGUACAUACAUACAUGGUUCUAGCCAUUUGGCAGAUGUCAGCUUUGGCUUAG